CUUUUUUUUUUUUUUUUCUUUUUCUUUUUUUUUUCUUUCUUUUUCUUUUUUUUUUUUUUCUUUUCUUUUUUCCGGAGCUGGGGACCGAACCCAGGGCCUUGCGCUUGCUAGGCAAGCGCUCUACCACUGAGCUAAAUCCCCAACCCCUGCUCUUGUUCUUUCAAGGACCCAGGUUUGAUUCCCAGCACCUACAUAGUCUCCAGUCAGCCCCAGGAGAUCCCACAUCCUCUUGUGGCCUUCACACACAUACACACAUGCUGGACAGACAUGGAAGCUAAGUCCUCAUAAGCAUAAGUCUACAACAAAAGCCUAAGCCUGGUGGUGCAGGCCUGACGGUCUAGCUCAGUGUGCUGAAGCAGGAGAGUGGGAAAUUAAGGCGUUGGAGCCAUUGAGUGAGUGGGGCCUUGGACUUCCCUCACUGGGAAAGAUGGGGCAGGGGCAGGGGCAGGGGUGGGAUAGCCUGGGGCAUGCACAAUUCUGUGAGUACAACGCUUGCCAUCUGUCUAGCUAGAGUUCCAUUGCUGUGAGCAGACACCAUGACCAACACUUAAUCAGGGCUGGCUUACAGGUUCAGAGGUUCAGUCCAUUGUCAUCAAGGUGGGAGCAUGGCAGCAUCCAGGCAGGCCUGGUGCCAGAGAACGAGCCGAAAAGUUCUCCAUCUUGAUCAGAAGUCAGCUAGGAGAAUACUGAUUUCCAGGCAGCACCCCUACAGUGACUCUUUCUCCAAGAAAGCCAUACUUCCUAAUAGUGCCACUCCUUGGGCCAGCCACAUUCAAACCAUCACACCAUCCUACCUGAACUCAGGCUCUGACCUAUUCACACAGUAAGACAGGAAGGUGUAAAGGCCAGAGAUGGGGCUGGGGAUUGGAGCUCCUUUAGCAUGUACAAGGCUCUGGGUCCAUCCCUGCUACAUAGCAAGGUUGAGAACACUUGAAAUCUUAGUUUAAACAAGUGGAAGAAGGAAGAUAGUUCACUCACUCACUUGGCAAGCAUGAGAACGGGAAUGCCGUCCCCAGUGUCAACUUCUGCUGCCAUUCCCACAUGCAAAGAUCUGUCUGACACACCAAGUGGGGCGUGGUGGUGGCUGCCUUAAAUCCCAGCACCUGGGAAGUGGGCAGGGGAAUCUCUGAGUUCAAGGCCAGGGAAGGCUACAGAGUGAGACCAACUCAAAACAAACAAAAACCACCACUAACCCCGGCCUCGUAACAGUUCCACAAAGAAGUACUGCAGCUUACUGGCUGAAGGAAAAGUAACUGAACGACCGACCUUAGUGUUCAGUGCUUCUGUGUCCCCCUGACUCUCUUCAUUGUCAUCUGAUCUCUCCUCCCAAUCUGAGGACCCAGAUCCUAGCUUAUAAAAUACAGUUCCUCAGCUUCAAAAGGCGCAGGCAAGACAGAGGUCUUUAAAUGUGCUGCGAUUUCACCCGAUGAACCCUUGGCAGGUCUCUUGUCAGAGAGGGUCCCCUUUCACCCUUUCAAAGAGGUCCUCCAGGUACUCUAUAAUGGGAGCUUGGGUGAGAAGGUAGUUGACCUUCAGGCAUGUUCUCUGGGUAGGUCUGGCUGAGCCUGAGGAGCAAAGCAGCCAGUUGUACCAAGCAGGAGUAAAUGACACCCCCACCUCCCUACCCUCACGAGUGGGGUGGACAAGGGGCGACAGUGAGUGACAGCGACCCUAUACUCUAACUUAGAAACGCUGGUACCAGGGAUUUUUUUUUUUCUGAUGCUAGGUCUAGUAAAUUUCAGGCUGGUCUUGAACUGAUUGAUCCUCCUUCCUCCACCAUCCCAGUGCUGAGAUGGCAAGCAUGUGCCACUAUUCCUGACCUGUUUUUAGGGUAUUGCUGUGUGGCCUUAGUUGACCCGGAAUGUUCUAAAUAGCUUUCAUAGUAUGAGCCAUCAUACUCGGGCCGGAGUGCAGGAUAACGGCAGAAAGUCUGUCUACCGUUGUAAGGUUCUGCUAUUUUCAGUAUUGUUGCAAAGAACAAACUUCUUAAAUAGUUUUGGGUGAAGCCGGGAGUGGUGGUGCACAUCUGUCAUCGCAGUAGUGUAGAGGGUGAGGCUGGAAUAGCCACGAAUUAGAGGACAGCCUGAGUGAGUUACACGAGACGCAGAGGUCGAAGGCUCCGAGUUGUACUAGGUCUUUUUCACAGUGCCCAGGCAGGUCCUUGUCAAACGCACACUGCGCAGGUGUAGCCGAGCACGACCCCAGGAUGAAGACGCCAGCGCGGCCAAAACAGCCCCAACUUAGUACAGACCAGGUGCAACACACCAUUUGCUUCCGGAGUUUAGAGCGCAAGUGCAAUGGCUGUCCCACCCCGGCCACGCUGAUUGGCUGUCCCUGUCUCAGGGCGGGUUGUACGAGAAGAUAGCCACAGAAACAGGUCCUGAGCGCUCUGAUUGGUCUCGAUACCUAUGGGCGUAUACUACUAAUGAGCCUGAGAGUACGGCCCGCGGGGCGGGGCGGGACCAGCUGAACUAUUUAAGCUGGAGCUGAAAUGAUCUGAUUGGCCUCACUGCCGUGGGGCGGGCCUUGCAAGUGGAGGCUGGAUCGAGACUGCGGCUGCGCAGAGUCCGGAGCGCACUCAGACAGGUCCCCCCGGGGAGGAGGGGCGGGGCCCACUCCGCGCCUGCGCAGACGAGUCCCACGCGCGGGCGGGUGGGCGGAGCGGCCCCCCUAGCGGGGGCUGUGAAGCACGGGGAGGGGGCCGAGCGGGUGGCAAAGCCGGCGCGCGCCCGGCUGGGGGCGGAGGCCCGCGGGACGGAACAGCCGCGGCGAGUGGUGGUGGCGGCGAAGGGAACCGAGCCGGCGACGAGCCCGGGGGUCGCGACUUGCAGAAGCGGCGGCGGCAUCGGCGGCGGCAGGCCCGAAGGCGGGCGGAGAGCCGGGGCGCAAUGGAGCGGAAGAGGUGGGAGUGCCCGGCGCUCCCGCAGGGCUGGGAAAGGGAAGAAGUGCCCAGGAGGUCGGGGCUGUCGGCCGGCCACAGGGAUGUCUUUUACUAUAGCCCCAGCGGGAAGAAGUUUCGCAGCAAGCCACAGCUGGCACGGUACCUGGGCGGCUCCAUGGAUCUCAGCACCUUCGAUUUCCGCACGGGAAAGAUGCUGAUGAACAAGAUGAAUAAGAGCCGCCAGCGCGUGCGCUAUGACUCCUCCAACCAGGUCAAGGGCAAGCCUGACCUGAACACUGCACUGCCUGUACGGCAGACUGCAUCCAUCUUCAAGCAACCGGUGACCAAGAUCACCAACCACCCCAGCAACAAGGUCAAGAGCGACCCACAGAAGGCAGUGGACCAGCCGAGGCAGCUUUUCUGGGAGAAGAAACUGAGUGGACUGAGUGCCUUCGACAUUGCGGAAGAACUGGUCAGAACCAUGGACUUGCCCAAGGGCCUGCAGGGGGUAGGCCCCGGCUGCACAGAUGAGACGCUGCUGUCCGCCAUCGCCAGUGCGCUGCACACCAGCACCCUGCCCAUUACAGGCCAGCUCUCUGCGGCUGUGGAGAAGAACCCUGGUGUGUGGCUGAACACUGCGCAGCCACUGUGCAAAGCCUUCAUGGUGACAGAUGACGACAUCAGGAAGCAGGAGGAGCUGGUACAGCAGGUGCGCAAGCGCCUGGAGGAGGCGCUGAUGGCGGACAUGCUGGCGCAUGUGGAGGAGCUGGCCCGUGAUGGGGAGGCACCACUGGACAAGGCCUGUGCUGAGGAGGAGGAGGAAGAAGAGGAGGAAGAGGAAGAGGAACCGGAGCCGGAGCGUGUGUAGCAUAGAUGCCCUGCCCAAGUCUGGGCUGCAGACCACCUCCCAUGGCCACCUCCAGACUUCUCAGCCUUGCCUGGACUAGGUGGGGACCAGGCCAGCAAGAGGCAGGCAUCCAUCUUCUUCCCAAGGCUGCCUCCUCCCAGGUCUCAGUGCAGGGAGCCCCUGUGGACCUUGAACUCGCUUGUCCCUGCACUGCCUGGCAGGGAGCUCACACUGACAACUGAAGAGCAGUGCCCCAACUGAGAGGCCACUUUGACACCGUCACCUCCCUGCUUCCUUACCAUAGGACAAGGCCCUGCUUGGCACCAAGGAGCUGUGGGCCUUGCUGGGCACUGGAGGAAGUUUCUGGAAACACACCUGGCUAUGCCUACCUUGCAUUGUCCCUAAGGCUGUUACGGGCCAGGGUCUGAACUGCUCCUGCCCAUAGGGCUGCCCAGCCUCUCCAUGCUGAGGGCCAGCAGCCAACCAGGAAGUCACUUUCCUUCAAUAAACUGAUGGUAGGAACUUCUA